AUUGUGAUUGUGUCAAAUUCUAUUUUUCAAUAUUUAAAAUUUUUACCAUUUCAUAAAGAUGGCGGUAGUGAAGUUUUCGGUGAUAAUUCUAGUUUUACUUCAGCAAGUUUUCUCAAUUUACGGCAAUUGCGCGGAUUUUGAUGGUUUAAAAAACUGCAAUGAUUGCAUCCGCUGUGGAGGAUACUGGUGCAAUGAUCCAUACGAGGCGAAACGUUGCACCAUAUCACGAUACGACAACUGGUGUUCAGGAAAAGAAGAAUCGGUGUCAUACCUCACCAUUGAAGAUGAAAUAGGAACUCACUUCGAACCUAAAUCUCGAGUUCGGACUUUGAAAGUAGGAACGGAUGACCGAUUUACGAUAAACUACCCGUCCGAAUCUAAACAGCCAAAGGUUGAGUUAGUCGUUAAUUCGACUCAGACCUCAAACUUUCGAGUUACAAAUCAGACCAGUUGUUACGACGGUAGUUGCACCACGACAAUUAAAACGAGCCCGGACACAAACUUCUGCACCGUUACCGGCGGCCCUUCUGAAUACUUUAACGUCAAGAUGUCAGUUGAAGGCAUUAAAGAGGAAGCAGUGAUGAAGUUCCAUGUGCCCUGUGCUUGCGCGUGUAGUGAGAAAGUUGAAGUAUGGUCACCGGUGUGUAACGGAAGGGGAAAUUUGACUUGCGGUGUCUGCACUUGUAAGCAAGGAUGGCAGGGCACAUUCUGUGAGAAUCCAAUAUGCGAAGAGAAGCGAGGAGAUGUCCCUUGUACAGACUCGGCCAGGAAUAACAUCGAGUGUUCGGGUAACGGAGUGUGCGGUCCUUGCGACAAGUGCGAAUGUUUUACUGACAGGGAGGGUUCUAGAUACUUCGACAAAAACAACUACUGUGAAGACAUUUGUAUGACAGUGAACGAUUGUGACGAUUGCUUCCUAGACCCUAGACCGGGGAGGUGUCAGACAUGUCACUUCGGGCUGUUCAGACAGAGCUACAAUGAAUCCCUGAUGGCGCAAAAAGACGAUUUGAAUAGAAAUCUUUGGGUCAAAUGUAAUGGAACGAUCAAUGAUUGUAACUACGUGUACGCGGCGAUGAGGGACGAGAAUGAUGAGACUUUCUUCAUGGUUAUCCAGUCGUGUGAUCCGACGCAAGAGAAACAAGCCGGUGCUGUCAGUGUGACUCUCCCCAUAGUACUCGGAGUGAUCGCUUUGGUGGUAGCUGCCGCUGCUACGGCGGGUUACUUAAUGUGGAAGAACCGCCCCCCUCCCGUUCCCAUGUCGGACCCCAUGUACCAGAACAUCGACGCUGAGGACUGCACGGGAGAGAACCCGCUCUACAAACCGCCCACGUCCUCAUUCAAGAAUCCUACGUACGGCAAGUGGUAGUUAGGUAAGUUGUUUUAUUAUUCGACUAGCUGUGCCCCGCGAUUUCAGCCAUGUUAA